AUGUCACUCUGGGCCCUGAUCUUAUGGUCGAAAUCACGUGAACGUGACAUUAUAAAAUAUGACAGCAUUAAAAUAAGUAAAUCUGGUGACGCUUCAGCCAAAUGGAAAAAUAAAUUUUAUUCACUACAGAUUUUACGAACGAGCGAGGAUAAAUUAUGGCUGGAGUCCCUUAUCGUUGAUGUUGAAGGCAACGUUCAAUUACCUGAUGCCGAUAAGAAUAAAAAUACGCAUGAGAAAAAUACAGUUGCUUCUGAACUAAGGAGCAGGAAGAAAGCUCUUAAUGUUAUGAAAAGUAACCAAGAUACUUUGGUGGCUCAAACACCAAAUGUCCUUGAAAACAUCACUGCUGAAAUUGAUAUGAAGAACACAGACAAGUCCGAUUCUGAUGAUUAUUUGUCGGAUCGUGGUUACUCACCAAUAAAAAAUAAAGAAGUUAUCAAUCAUCAGAAUGGCUCUAAAAUACACACUGUUAAGGCUGUUAUUGAAAGCAGUCAAAAGAAUGACAAUUUUUCAUCAGUGUGUCCUUUAUGUAAAUCAUCAUCAAAAGAUUUUGCACGAGGACUUGAAUUAAGUCAAGAAUUACUCACUCUUUUCCGUGAAAAGAUGAGUAACUUUGACACGAGACAAGACAACCAAUCGAAGUCAUCAUCGCAGUUACUUCAGUCGAUUAUACCCGCUCAGCAGCCUCAUUCCAAAUUUAUAAAACAAUUAUCCACUUCAUCAUCCUCCGAAAAAAUCGAUGAUCUUUCAGUUGAGAAAUACACCCAACUUUCUGAUGAAGAGCUUUUGAAAUCUACACGUUCACCUAACAAAUCUUUAUUUUCAAAAAACGAAAAUUUUCCCAGUCAAAAAACUUUUGAAUUUUCUUCUCGUCAUAGAAUGAAGCUUUCUCAUGCAAAGAGCUAUAAACUCAAUCUACAAACCAGUAAGUCAUCGUGUCCACAGCCAAACGUAUACUCUCCUUCGAGUCUUGAAAAAUUUCCUUCUUCCCGAAAUGACGACCACUUGACGAAAAAAUUGGAAAUUCCCGCUUCACUGGACGACAAAAUAAUAGCCGAUACGAGCUAUCAAAAGUCGUCUAUCAGAGAUUUUGGUGAAACUAUCGUCGUAAAUCCUAUUAGUAUACCAGAUUCGAAAUAUUUAUGGAAUAUUCCGUCUCCAAAAAAAGUAGAGCUAUUGCAGAAUUCAGAUGUUUACAUUGACGAAAUGAGUUUGAGAUUUAUAAAAAACAAAUUUAAUCAAGAUCCUUCUGAAAUGGCACGACGGUUAUUUAAAUCGAUUAUUGGAGAAGAUCGUUUAAGAACUAUGAGCCGCACUGGUGGCAAUGGAUGGCAGCCAUUACCAUUAGAUGUGUAUCAGACCAUUUUCGACUUCGUUCGAUUACAUGCUAAGCCAAAAGUUAAACCCGAAAAAUUUGAACGGGCUGUUACACAAAUGUUCACUUCAAUAAGACGACGUAAUAAUAUCUUAAAGCCAAUGAGUCAUACUUUAGUAAACGAUAAUAAGAUGAAAACAAGUGAUACAAAAAGUAAAACUACGCGUGCAAAUGACUUCUGUGGAAAUCAAGUUAAUGACGAAGAAAUCGAUAUUCUUGACACUGAAACUACUCACAACUUGGCAAGCAAAACCCGUAAACGUUUUUAUAGUCGAUCAAGAAGCCCAUCAUUACGUAACUUCUCACCAGGCCCUGCUUCAAAACAAAUUAGUGUUUCAAGUUCUGUUUCCGAUAAAAAUUCGCCAAUAAUUAACACUGUAACUUCUAGCAAAUUUAAGCGUAGUACUUCUCCAUUUUCAUCCGCUCACUUGCGUCAGAAUUCACACGAACGUAUUUAUGAUUACAAUCAGUUAAAAUAUCAUUCAAGAAGUUCUUCUUGUGAUAGCCUUUCGAUUAAUAAUCGACACCAGUCGCGUCAAAGAUCUCGGAGUAGAUCGCAUUAUUCUCAGCAUGACUCAAAAAGUAGGAAAUUCCCCAACCACUACCGUGAUAAAGAAGAAAGACGCCAUUAACGUAAAUUAAAAACACGUUCGACAUGUGAUUUUUUUAAAUACUCAUCUUAUUUAAUUGAUUAUUUUUCUUGAUUACCUUUAUAUUUAUGUUUUUAAUCCAUUAAUGAUAAAAAAGUAUUUAAUUAACUUUAAAAGGAAAUUGUUUGAAGAUAUCCAUAAUUAUUUUAUAUAUUUAUGUAAUUUCAUUAAUAUAUGAAUUUUGUUUUUUGUUCAAACUGAAACAGUUAGAUUAAAAAUUUA